AUGUCACCAAAGCUUCACAUUUCGCGGCGGACCACUGCCCUGCUGCUGAUUGAGUACCAGAAUGAAUUCACGGACCCGCGGGGCGGGCUGUAUGCCUCCGUGCGAGUCGUGCUGGAGGCCACGCGCAUGCUUCAGAAAAGCCUUGAGCUUAUCGCUGGCGCGCGCGAGCGAGGUGUGCUAAUCAUCCACUGUCCAAAUGUGGUCGACCCAAAGGUCGCUUCUGCCGACGCACGUGCUGGCAUGAUGACCGGCCUCUAUCGCGGCCUCUUCUUGCGCGGCUCAUGGGGCGCCGAGAUGUCUGAUGUGGUGCUGCAGAACAAACAGGGCCUUGAUUGCUUCACGGGCACCAACCUCGAGGCAAUCUUGCAGGAGUACUCCAUCAGCACCGUUGGGCUAUGUGGCUUCCUCGCCAACGUCUGUGUUGAGUCGACUAUGCGCACCGCCUUCGACAAGGGGCUGCACGUCGUGACGCUUACGGACUGCGUCGCGGCGACGUCGCUC